AUGUUUACAAACUGUUCCCUCGGACAUUAUCAUAUUAUCAUUGCUGUGGUUAUUUGGUCCAUUUGUGUAGACUCGCGAAAAAUCAGAGGAAUUUCUUUAUCGUGUAAGUCUUUCCCGAAGUAAACAAAUGUUAUGCUGUUGCAAGAUUAGCUAACUAGCCAGGGGUACUGGAUUAGCUAGUAAACAAAGAAGCCUCUUAGCAUACCUUUACCAUACUGGCAUGUUUUACCAAACUAGGCCUACUGAACGAAUUGAAGUAGCUUACGUUAGCUAUCUAAUUCGUUUUACAAUAUUAAAACAUUUCAAUUAUCAUUUGUUUUGUGAAAGUGUUGUGACUGUCAACAAUAUGCACCUGUCAUUGAUUCACACAUUCAGCCUGGCAAUAGGCUAACAUGUAGAAUGCUUUUAGAAUAGAGUAGAAUACAUCUUUAUAUUUUUACUUGCAUGGACAUUGUGUCAGCCCUGGGAUUUGAACCGGCAACCCCCUCGUUAUGUGGCCCAUCUCUCUAACCUACCGCCGACCCCAGAAUGAGCUGUAAAGUCAAUACCAUAUGAGACUGUAAUCAAAUGAUGAUUGAGACAGUGUGGAAUGAAAGAGGGAGAUCUGAUUAACAUAAAGUGGCAGAAAGGGUAGCCAUUUUGAUUCCCCGCCAUUGGGGAGACAUGGGUAGGCAGAUGUGUUAACCGCUAGACAAACCAACUUUAUAAGUCAAGAAUGUCAACACAACACACACAUGAUGUUUGCUUAGAUUUUUUUCCCUCUCUCUCUCCAUUUUAACAGAUAAGAGGUUUUACAGAGAAAGAAAGUCCUUCCUGUGUAUUGAUGGGUCCAAAAUGAUCCCUUUUGACCAGGUGAAUGACGACUACUGCGACUGUGCGGAUGGGUCAGAUGAACCAGGUAAAGAGGCUCGAGGUACAGGUUGCCCCUAACCACAAAUAUACUAUUAGGGCCAGUAUUCAAAAAAAAGUGCUGAUCUAGGAUCAAGUCCCCUCUUUCCAUGUCAUCUUAAUCCAUUAUGACCGUAAAAAGCCUAAACUGAUCCUAGAUCAGUACAUUGCGACGAGGAUGAGUUGAAUAACUUCUGCACACCUGAAGUUACGUUUCAGAUCACAGGUACAGUUAUAUAGAUGAAGCUAAAAACUAAAGUGAACUGGUAGAAUGACUCAGUCACAUAGACCAUCUUCAAGACGUUCUGUAGGCAUGCAGCCAAACAGCUGUGUUGUAGCACAUGUAAGGUAAGGGGGGGUGAUUGACUGCUGGCUGGUUAUAAAAUGUAAUCAAAUUUCAGCUCGCCUUUAAGUUUGGUAUAAUCAAUGACUUCCAGAUAUUUCGAUGGGUUGACUUUGUAACUGUAAUUGAAGUCCUUGUUUUUAGAGGUGGUAAGUUACCCAUGGUAAGUGGGUGGUAAAACCAUUAUUUACCUGGCUGGUAUAGUGAUAAAGAAUGGUCUACCUGUCUCUAUGAUCAGGUUUACUUGAGCAGGGAGCACAGAGAGUGUACAGAGACAAGCAAUGUCACUGGUCUGACAGUGCAAAGACAACAGCUCUACUGAUGCUUGACUAUCAAUGCAAAGAUCUUCACACCCCUGGUUUUGAUUUAGUUUAUAUUCAUGGAAUAUACACACUUGCUGAGAUUUCAAGUUCUCAAGAGUUCCUUUGAACUCAAGGAUCUAUGUUGCAAGUGAAAACAAAAUCAAGGGUGUCAAACUCAUUUUGCCCCAGGGGCCACAUUCGAUCAUUGCUACACAACCAUUUUCAGGUCUUGCCAUAGAUGUUCAAGCAAAUUUAAGUCAAAACUGUAACUCUGCCACUCAGGAUCAUUCACUGUCUUCUUGGUAAGCAACUCCAGUGUAUAUUUGGCCAUGUGUUUUAGGUUAUUGUCCUGCUGAAAGGUGAAUUCAUCUCCCAGUCUCUGGUGGAAAGCAGACUGAACCAGGUUUUCCUCUAGGAUUUUGCCUGUGGUUAGCUCCAUUACGUUUAUUUUUUAUCCUGAAAAACUCCCCAGUCCUUAAUGACUACAAGCAUACCCAUAACAUGGUGCAGCCAACACUAUGCUUGAAAAUAUGGAGAGUGGUACUCAGUAAUGUGUUGUAUUGGAUUUGCUUAGCCAAUUAUUUUGCAGUAUUAUUUUAGUGCCUUUGUUGCAAACAGGAUGCAUGCUUUGGAAUAUUUUUUAUUCUGGUCAGGCUUCCUUCUUUUCACUCUGUCAAUUAGGUUAGUAUUGUGGAGCAACUACAAUGUUGUUGAUCCAUCCUCACUUUUCUCCUAUCACAGCCAUUAAACUCUGUAACUGUUUUAAAGUCACCAUUGGGCUCAUGGUGAAAUCCCUGAGCGGUUUCCUUCCUCUCCGGCAACUGAGUUAGGAAGGACGCCUGUAUCUUUGUAGUGACUGGGUGUAUUGAUACACCAUCCAAAGUGUAAUUAAUAACUUCACGAUGAUCAAAGGGAUAUUCAAUGACUGCUUUUUACAUUUUUACCCAUCUACCAAUAGGUGCCCUUCUUUGUGAGGCAUUGGAAAACCUCCCUGGCCUUUGUGGUUGAAUCUGUGUUUGAAAUUCACUGCUCGACUGAUGGGCCUUACAGAUAAUUGUAUGUGUCGGGUACAGAGAUGAGGUAGUCAUUCAAAAAUAAUGUUAAACAAAGAGUGAGUGCAACUUAUGUGACUUGUUAAGCACAUUUUUUACUCCUAAACGUAUUUAGGCUUGCUAUAACAAAGGGGUUGAAUACUUAUUGACUCAAGACAUUUCAGCUUUUCAUUUUUUUCCAUAUUUUUUUGUUGAAAAAACAAAAUUCCAGUUUUAUAUUAUGGGGUAUUGUGUGUAGGCCAGUGACCAGAAAUAUCAAUUUAAUCCAUUUUAAAUUCAGACUGUAACACAACAAAAUGUGGAAAAAGUCAAGUGGUGUGAAUACUUUCUGAAGGCACUGUAUUUCAGAGAUUAUUAACGAGCCUGACACAGUCAAGAAACUGUAUGAAUGUAUGUUCAUUAUCAUUUCUACACAGUUUCCAUUUUAGUAUGAGUCAUUUUUAAAGAAUGAGUGAGUUUGUUCCCCCUCCCCCAUUUUUGUCUCCUUUAUUUAUUAUCUCAAACCGUCCGCGGGCCAGAUUGGACCCGGGCCGUAUGUUUGACACCCCUGUACUAAAUGAAUCUGCUGGCACAAUGAAGGAAUAUAAUGUUAGACUGGGUGAUGAGGAAUAGAGUGAGCGGUAGAGCGAAUACAACUAGACCCUCUUGUUCAAAUAUUAUAGCAACCUUAGUUCAAUACCUAGCGACCUAAUCAAGAGAUUCAAAUAUUAUAGCAACCUUAGUUCAAUACCUAGCGACCUAAUCAAGAGAUUCAAAUAUUAUAGCAACCUUAGUUCAAUACCUAGCGACCUAAUCAAGAGAUUCAAAUAUUAUAGCAACCUUAGUUCAAUACCUAGCGACCUAAUCAAGAGAUUCAAAUAUUAUAGCAACCUUAGUUCAAUACCUAGCGACCUAAUCAAGAGAUUCAAAUAUUAUAGCAACCUUAGUUCAAUACCUAGCGACCUAAUCAAGUGAUUCAAAUAUUAUAGCAACCUUAGUUCAAUACCUAGCGACCUAAUCAAGAGAUUCAAAUAUUAUAGCAACCUUAGUUCAAUACCUAGCGACCUAAUCAAGAGAUUCAAAUAUUAUAGCAACCUUAGUUCAAUACCUAGCGACCUAAUCAAGAGAUUCAAAUAUUAUAGCAACCUUAGUUCAAUACCUAGUGACCUAAUCAAGAGAUUCCUGGGGAGGCUAAGAGGCAAGGUUCCGCCAUAAUCCGAGAGGAAGUUGUCUAUCGCUUCAAUGGAACUAUAGGACAUUAUUUCUGCUAUAGCCAAAUUGGGCAAUUGGGCAAACUUUUCACUUCUUCAGAUUUAAUGUAAUUUUUUUAGAAAACAUUUAAACAUAAAAUUACAUCUUUAGGUUUGGAAGUUUGUUGUUAAUGGUGAAAAUGAUGAUCAGAUUCAGUACGACCCAUCUAACCAUCUGCCCCUGAAAAUUUGGUCUGGUCCCAGAAAUUAAACAUCCGUGUGAUUAUUGGCAGGACACUGCCACCCUAAGAGCGAUUGUGGAAUUGCAUGUAUUUCCCUUCACAACCCAUUCAAGGUUCAAGAUUUCAUGUCACGUGCACAAGUACAGUGAAAUGCCUUUCUUGCAAGCUUCAUAUGAAUUAUAAAAUCAGAUAAACUGGUUCAACAUGAAUUAUUAUUCCAUUGAAAAUCUGCUUCCAAUGAUUACCUUAGUAAUGAAAGGCAGUCAUCACAGACUUAUCUUUGAACUUUGCACUUUGCCCUCUUUAGGCACUGCAGCCUGUCCUAAUGGCCGAUUUUACUGCACCAACCUUGGCUACCGCCCUCACUACAUACCAUCUUCACGUGUCAAUGAUGGCAUCUGCGGUAAGGUUUUCCCUAUUGUGCAUGGCUAGCAAACUGUAGUGUACUGUACUGCAUUGUACUCUAAUAUACUGCAAUGUACUGUAAUGUACUGCACUGUACUGCACUGUACUCUAAUAUACUGCAAUGUACUGCAAUGUACUGCACUGUACUGUACGGUACUGUAAUUUACUGCAAUGUACUGUACUGUACUGUACUGUACUGUACUGUACUGCACUGCACUGCACUGCACUGUAAUUUACUGCAAUGUACUGCACUGUAAUGUACUGUACUGUACUGCACUGCACUGUACUGUACUGUACUGCAAUUUACUGCAAUGUACUGCACUGUACUGUAAUGUACUGUACUGUAAUGUACUGCAGUGUACUGCGCUGUACUGUAAUGUACUGUACUACACCGUACUGCACUGUACUCUAAUGUACUGCACUGUAAUGUACUGCACUGUACUGUACUGUAAUGUACUACACUGUACUGCACUGUACUCUAAUGUACUGCACUGUAAUGUACUGCACUGCACUGUACUGUACUGUACUGUACUGCAAUGUACUGCAAUGUACUGCACUGUACUGUACUACACUGUACUGCACUGUACUGUAAUGUACUGCACUGUAAUGUACUGCACUGUAAUGUACUGUACUAUCCUGGACUAUAUGCAUGUUGAACACAUUAGUUACAGCGUUACUACCUCUACUUUAUUAAGCCAGUCAUGCUCUUGUGUAGAUGUUGAUUAGGUAGUUCAAAGACCAGGGCUAAGUUAUUAACAAUCAUCCUUUGAUCCUUCACAUUGAUGCUACGGCCUGCAUUCAUAUUGCUAUCCAUUAUGAUUCCCACACUGUUGUUAAACUAGACUACAGACGUCAGCUGUGACUACAGUGGGAGUGAGCUCCACUCCAGUAGGAAGAACACUGUCUCAGAGAUGUCCCACUGGUUGGCUCUUCUCUUUGAGAACACAUUUUGAAUGCUGUCAAAGAUUGACAGCUUGGAAGUUGUUAUACCCGCUGCCAGUCCCUUUAGUCGAGGAAACAAACUGAGAGAUGGAGAGGCAAAACAGUCAACAAGACUCCCCCCCGCCCCCCCUCACCCCCCCCUCUCUCCUCCUAUGAACAACAUUCUGUCUUCAUCCUCUCUCCUCCUAUGAACAACAUUCUGUCUUCAUCAUCUCUCUCCUCCUAUGAACAACAUUCUGUCUUCAUCAUCUCUCUCCUCCUAUGAACAACAUUCUGUCUUCAUCAUCUCUCCUCCUAUGAACAACAUUCUGUCUUCAUCAUCUCUCUCCUCCUAUGAACAACAUUCUGUCUUCAUCCUCUCUCUCCUCCUAUGAACAACAUUCUGUCUUCAUCAUCUCUCUCCUCCUAUGAACAACAUUCUGUCUUCAUCAUCUCUCUCCUCCUAUGAACAACAUUCUGUCUUCAUCAUCUCUCUCCUCCUAUGAACAACAUUCUGUCUUCAUCAUCUCUCUCCUCCUAUGAACAACAUUCUGUCUUCAUCCUCUCUCCUCCUAUGAACAACAUUCUGUCUUCAUCCUCUCUCCUCCUAUGAACAACAUUCUGUCUUCAUCCUCAUGUUAUCCUCUAUGAACACAUUUUGUCCUCUCUUCUCUCAUAGACACUGCUGUCUCAUCGCUCUCUCAUAAAAACAUUGUUGCAUAUCCUCUCCCUUAACAACAUCUGCUCAUCAUCCUCUCUCCUAUGACAAAUUUGUCUCAUCAUGCUUUCCCCUAUGAAAAAACAUCUGUGUUCAGUUCUACUCUGCAUGAACAACAUUCGUCUUCAUCCUCCCCCUUAUGGAACAACAUUGUUUCUAUCCUCCCUCUAUGAACAACAUUGUCUUCAUCCUCUCUACUCCUCAUCAUGAACAACUAUUGCUUCAUCCUCACCUCAUAAACAACAUCGUCUUCAUCUUCUCCUCCAUGAACAAAUUCUGUCGUAUCCUCCUCCUCUAUGAACAACCAUCUCUUCUCGCUCUCUCCUAUAACAACAUCUGUCUCAUCCUCUCUCUCUCUAUGAACAACAUUCUGUCUUCAUCAUCUCUCUCCUCCUAUGAACAACAUUCUGUCUUCAUCCUCUCUCUCCUCCUAUGAACAACAUUCUGUCUUCAUCUCCUCAUGGUGUAAAUCCUUUAAUUAGACAGUUUUUGUCCCUCUUUUCUCUGAGCGCUGCAUGCUUUCAAAAAAUGGAACGCUUCCCGUUAUCGCCACCCCCUCCCUGUCCCAGGCUUUCCUGGCUGCUUGUGACGGCAGGCGGUGGAGAAAGAGAGAGGAGCUAAAGUAGGGGUUAGUGUCUGACUCUGGCAGCGCUGUACCUUCUCAUCCUCCCACCUUGAGUGGAGCCACUUAGAGUUGGGGGGAUUUGUCCUCUCGGCUCAGUGAGAGUUCUGACGCUCUAACUACUUCUCAAUCAACGGGGGACCAGCGUAAUUGAGGAAUUUCCCACUGUGAGCACUCUCGUGGCCUUGGUCGCUCCCUGGCAAGUCUCGGAUUGAAACCAGACCUAGCUAUGUAGUAGUUAUUUUGUCAGGUGCUGAACAUAGCUGUAGGCAUCGGAGCUUCAUCUCCAUUUGGGAAUUAGCAGAUUGGGAUUUUAAAUGGCUGCAUUUCAAUGAGCAAUAAGAAUGCACAGAGAUGUGUCAGAGGUCAAUGUGGCACUCUGGUCUUUGUUCUUGUGCACCUAAUGGAUUUGGCUUGUGUGUAUUUCAUGCCUUUUACUGUUCUUCCCUCCAGACUGCUGUGAUGCUACAGAUGAGUACAGGAGUCAAAAGCCUUGCCAAAACACAUGCAGGUCAGUUGGACUGGGAGUCCAUACUUCUAAAAUCAUACACCUUAGUCCAGGAGUGGACACCUUAGUCCAGGAGUGGACACCUUAGUCCAGGGGUGGACACCGUAGUCCAGGGGUGGACACCUUAGUCCAGGGGUGGACACCUUCAUCCAGGGGUGGACACCGUAGUCCAGGGGUGGACACCUUAGUCCAGGGGUGGACACCUUCAUCCAGGGGUGGACACCUUAGUCCAGGGGUGGACACCUUCAUCCAGGGGUGGACACCUUAAUCCAGGGGUGGACACUGUAGUCCAGGGGUGGACACCGUAGUCCAGGGGUGGACACCUUAGUCCAGGGGUGGACACCUUAGUCCAGGGGUGGACACCUUAGUCCAAGGUGUCCAGGGGUGGACACCUGCUUGUUUUCUUUACAUCUGGCACUUAUCUGAUAUCUCAGAGAACACACUCCUGGUUGCCCGGUUACCUGGUCUAGCCCUAAAUCAGUUGCUGUGGUGGACCUGAUCAUUUGGAGCUGGAAUUUGUUCCCACUGCAUGCCAUCCAACAUCCCAAUUUAACACCUGGUUGAAAUUGAUAAGAUACGCAUUUCAAUAAGGAUGUUUUGAUAUGAAUAGCCUAAUAAAUAUCCCUGUUGUCCUAACCGUUCUGUUGACAUCAGAGCCUUUUGGACCUACAUGACAGUGAUGACCGGUGAACAUUCUUAUGCUGAAUGUUAGCACCAGGGGGCGUGUUGUCACUGGGCUAGAAACUGAGUGCUACAUUGACAUAAUAUGAUCCCUUUAGCAACCCUCCCUUAAUGUGAAUACAUCAUGGAUAACAAGAGUUCAACGUAGGCAGAUACAGAGUCACCACCUCAUUUGUUUCUCAUUUGCCAUCUUAUUUACCGUCGGAGUGCUUGUUUGGAACUAGAACUGAUAAUAACAACAGCAGCCUCUCAGUUAAAUCGAGACGUUGUGGAUAUUUUCCUCGGGAUAAUUGGUUCUUUCCAAACGUCUAAACAACACCUCAUCUUAUAACAACGAAGGGCUCUUAUUCCACUUAAGAAAUGCCUGGAAGAAAAAAUUCAUCUUGAAUAUAUACGAUAGGUGUGCAUACAUUUUUCAGAAGAAUAUGAUUUAGCUAGACUCUCUAAUGCCUCCAAGUCAAAGCAUAGCCACAACCUCAAUUAGUAAAACACACCUAAUUGCAUUGAUGUUCAUUACCACUGCUAGCACUACAUGGGCACACCUUUGGCAAACCCAAGCACCAAUAAAGGAUUAAUUUAAUUAACUGACUUCAUCAUUUUCCUAUGCCAUAUGCCUCAAAACUACAAACAAACAAAAAAUAUUAUACCUAAUUUCGACCUCACAACCUCCUUCCCUCUACUAUGUCUCAGGCAAAAGAGAUAUCUGCUCUUCCACAGAAUACUCCUCUAGUUUAUGUACCCAGAUAUUUUCCCAUUUGGACUGGGUGAGGACACUGUGAGCCCUCCAGAAUUGGCCCAUGGCAUCACUGUUAGAAGGGGGUGGGAGGUAGCCAUGGAGACAGCGGGGGUUUUUCUCAGUAGUGAUGGGGCGGCCGCGUUUCUUUUCUUCCAGGAAUCUGGGACAGAGGGAGCGAGCAGCGGUGGAGGGCCAGAUGAGGGCCCUGGGUGAGGGGCUGAGGCUCAAGCAGCAGCUGGUCGAGGAGGCCGUCCUCACCUGGCGGGAGAAACAGGUAGAUAACAGUAGGAGUGUACACUGGCUCCUAGUCUGACUGUCACCCAGGGAAAUCAGUGUCUUCCUACCCUUGCAACCAUACCAUGUGUUGCUAUGGUUACUGUUUAAACUAGCAUUUAAACGACACGGAACAGUUAGCUGACUAUGACGACACGGAAGAGUUAGCUGACUAUGACGACACGGUAACAGUUAGCUGACUAUGACGACACGGAACAGUUAGCUGACUAUGACGACACGGAACAGUUAGCUGACUAUGACGACACGGAACAGUUAGCUGACUAUGACGACACGGAACAGUUAGCUGACUAUGACGACACGGAACAGUUAGCUGACUAUGACGACACGGAACAGUUAGCUGACUAUGACGACACGGAACAGUUAGCUGACUAUGACGACACGGAACAGUUAGCUGACUAUGACGACACGGAACAGUUAGCUGACUAUGACGACACGGAACAGUUAGCUGACUAUGACGACACGGAACAGUUAGCUGACUAUGACGACACGGAACAGUAG